GAGACUUGGUCAAAAGGAAAAUAAACAACUCCACCAUGAUCGAUCGAUCGAUCGAGCAAUUAUAAUAAAGAUCCCAUUAAGUCUCCUCCAUCUCCAUCGAGCGUUGAGGACGCCUCGACCACGCUAAACCUGUCCCAAAGCCGCCUCUUCAUAGUAAGUUUGACUCUGGGAGAUGCUCAACGGAGUCAUGCAUUCGCUCCGCCGGAAGCCGCCCUUCGCCGGCCUUCCGGGGCAGCAGGUGAAGCACGUCGGGAUGGCCUACUUCAGGAGACGGGGCAACCUGCCGGCCCUGAUCCUCGUCGGGAUGAUCGUCGCCUUUGCCAUGGUCAUGUACGGAGAGGACAUCAAGUCGCUGGCCGACCACCAGAUCAUCGUCCGGCGGAAAACAGAGGAGUACUUCUCGCCGGAGGUGUUGGUUGACCGCCCUCUUCCGGGCAACGAGAGCCAACUCGAUGCAGAGGAGGGGAAGGAGAAGAAGGAGGCGGUGGCUUUGCAGGAAUUGCCUAUUACGGUCGACGGGACGGCGGCCGACGACGACCUGGAUCCGACGACGUCGACCGUGCCGGAGACGUGCGAUCUGUCGACCGGCGAGUGGGUGUACGACGACGUGAACUACCCGCUGUACCAGGAGGAGCAGUGCGAAUUCCUGUCAUCGCAGGUGGCGUGCUUGAAGAACGGGCGGAAGGAGAACGCGUACCAGAAGUGGCGGUGGCAGCCCAAGGACUGCACCUUGCCGAGGUUCGACGCAAAAUUACUGCUGGAGCGGCUGCGAGGGAAGCGGCUGAUGUUCGUGGGCGACUCGUUGAACAGGAACCAGUGGGAGUCGAUGGUGUGCAUGGCGCAGCUGGCGAUUCCGCCGGGGAAGAAGAAAGGGCACCGCCAACGAGACGGCUCCCGCAUCAGCUUCGUCGCCGAGGAAUACAAUGCGACGGUGGAGUUCUACUGGGCGCCGUUCCUGGUGGAGUCGAACUCCGACGACCCGCGCAUCCACAGCAUCCGCGAGCGGAUCAUCAAGCCGGAGUCGAUCGAGAAGCACGCGGUGCACUGGAAGGGCGUCGACUUCCUCGUCUUCAACACCUACAUCUGGUGGAUGAACACGCUGGACAUGAAAGUCCUGAAGACGUCGGCCACGAACUGGACGGAGCACGAAGAGGUCGCGAGGCCACGAGCGUACGAGAGAGUCCUCAAGACGUGGUCUGAUUGGCUAGAUCACAACGUGGACCCCACACGCACCGCCGUGUUCUUCAUGAGCAUGUCUCCUCUCCAUUUCAGGAGCUCGGACUGGGGCAACCCUGAAGGAGUGAAGUGCGCGAAGGAGACGACGCCGCUGAGGAACAUGACCGGAAUAUUCGUGGGGACGGACAUGCGGAUGUUCGAGCAGGCGAAGAGGGCGGCACGGUCAACGGCGCGGGUGCCCGUUACCUUCGUGGACAUCACCACCAUGUCGGAGUUCCGGAAAGACGCGCACACGUCGGUGUACACGACGCGGCAGGGGGCGGUGAUGACGCCGGAGCAGCAGGCCGACCCGGCCGUCUACGCCGACUGCCUCCAUUGGUGCGUGCCGGGCCUCCCCGACGUGUGGAACCAGAUACUGUAUGCCAAGAUCAUCUCCCGAGGCGGCGCCGCCGCUAGCAGUUGAAGAUUGGAGUAUACAAAUAUCUUCAAUAUUCGUUCAUUAAUUUUAUCGUUUUGUUGGACUUUUAAUGAAAUUUAAGUGUUUAUUGCUUAAAAAAUAAUUUAAAAAAUUAUG